UGGUCACGCGAGAAGCCCCUAACGCCGACCGCGCCUUGCGGGUGGUGUCACGGAUUGGACGUGUGUGGUUAGGCUGCGACGGCGCCGUGUUUUUGCGUUUCGAUCAUUGACUGUCGUUCCGAGGAUCCUUCUGCAGACAUGUUUGGUCAGCCUAGGUCGCAGCCGAUUUUGGUGCUCAGCCAGAACACAAAGAGAGACAGUGGCAAAAAAGUGCAGCUAGAGAACAUAUCAGCAUCAAAGGCCAUAGCUGAUGUCAUCCGGACGUGUUUGGGCCCGCGGGCCAUGCUGAAGAUGCUGAUGGACCCCAUGGGUGGCAUCGUCAUGACCAAUGAUGGCAACGCCAUCCUGCGCGAGAUAACCGUCCAGCACCCAGCCGCCAAGUCGCUGAUCGAGAUCGCGCGCACGCAGGACGAGGAGGUGGGCGACGGCACCACAUCAGUGAUAGUGCUCACUGGCGAGAUGCUGGCCGUGGCCGAGCCGUUCCUGGCGCAGCAGAUGCACCCCACCGUCAUCAUCAAGGCGUACCGGCGUGCCCUCGAAGACCUCGUGCAGAUCCUGGAAGACCAGCUCAGCGUGCCCGUCGACACGAACGACCGGGAAGCGGUGCUCUCGAUCGUCAACGCCUGCCUGGGCACCAAGUUCUUGGGCAAGUGGUCGGAGCUGGCGUGUAACAUGGCGCUCGAUGCCGUGCGCACCGUGCAGCUGCAGGAGGACGGCCGUGACGAGAUCGACAUCAAACGCUACGCCAAGGUCGAAAAGAUCCCGGGCGGCACCAUCGAGGAGUCGCGCGUGCUGCGAGGCGUGCUGGUCAACAAGGAUGUGACGCACCCCAAGAUGCGCCGGCGCAUCGAGAACCCGCGCAUCCUGCUGCUCGACUGUACACUCGAGUACAAGAAGGGGGAGAGCCAGACGAACAUCGAGAUGAUGAAGGAGGAGGACUUUUCCAAGAUCCUGGAGCUGGAGGAGCAGUACAUUCAGAAGCUCUGCAACGAGAUUAUCCGGAUGAAGCCGGACGUGGUGUUCACGGAGAAGGGCAUCUCCGACCUCGCUCAGCAUUAUCUUGUGAAGGCCGGCAUCACUGCCAUCCGGCGGGUGCGCAAGUCGGACAACAACCGGAUCGGCCGCGCCUGCGGGGCCACCGUGGUGAACCGCACGGACGAGCUGCGCGAGGACGACAUCGGCACCGGCGCGGGCCUCUUCGAGAUCAAGAAGAUCGGUGACGAGUACUACACGUUCGUGACCGAGUGCAAAGAUCCGAAGGCCUGCACCAUCAUGCUGCGUGGCGCCAGCAAGGACAUCCUGAACGAAGUGGAGCGCAACCUGCAAGACGCGAUGCACGUGGCGCGCAACAUCAUCGCCAAGCCGCGCCUGGUGCCGGGCGGUGGCGCCACUGAGAUGGCGGCGGCCGUGCAGCUGGCGCGCCGCGCCACCGCCAUCACGGGCGUGCAGCAGUGGCCGUACCGGGCGCUGGCGCAGGCGCUGGAGGUGAUCCCGCGCACGCUGGCGCAGAACUGCGGCGCCAGCACCAUCCGCACGCUCACGGCGCUGCGCGCCAAGCAUGCCGCCGAGGGCAACUCCACCUGGGGAGUAAAUGGCGAGACGGGGGAGUUGGUCGACAUGAAGGAGCUCAAGGUCUGGGAACCCCUGGCCGUCAAACUGCAGACGGUCAAAACGGCAGUUGAGACGGCGAUCCUCCUGCUUCGCAUCGACGACAUUGUCUCUGGGCUGAAGAAAAAGGGUGACGCUGGGGGAGCGCCGCCCCCGGACGCCGCCGGCCCCCAGGAGUGACGUCACCGACUCCUAGCCGUGCCCCGCCACUGACCUGACGUCACAACGGAGGCCGACGCCGCGCCUGCUUGCGUUUCAACUGUAAUUGCAAUUUCAUUAAUGUUUCGCCCAAUAAACCACAGUAACACCACA